AUGGAUGCACAGCACAACCAUAUACCGCCGGAGCCUGACCCCGGGGCUGCCCCAAAGGUCGUGGCCCGAGCCUGCAACUUUUGCCGUGCGGCUCACAUCUCCUGCGAAACCGCGCGGCCGUGCCAGAGGUGUGUGCGGCUCGGCCGGGGCGAGUGGUGCUGCGACGUGCCGGCCAACAAGCGGGGCCGCCCGCCCAUCCACGGGCGCCGCUCGGCCCAGUACCAGGAGCAGCAGCGACAGAAGAGGAAGAAGCAGAAGAUGCAACAGCAGCCACAGCAGCCGCAGCCGCAGCCGCAACUCCAGACCCCCAAACUGGAACCACAUGACAACGACCAACAGCCCGACGACGGCAUAGGCCGUGCUGCACGCGCCCCUCCCGAGCCGCCGCUUAGCCUACGCCCGUCUCCAGCACCAGCACCAACACCAGUACCGCCAGCACCAGCUUCGUCGUCACAACUAUCGCCACCCCCGCUGCCGUGGUCGUCUUCAUCGUCAUCUUCUUCGUUCUUUCAAGCCACCAACACCAAGCUCGAGGCCUUCUUUUCGGCCCUGCCGGCGACGGCGACGUCAGCCACGUCAGCAACAAUGACAACGACAACGACAACGACAACGAAGCGGUCACCGUCGCCGUCGCCGCCAUCAUCGUCGUCUUCGUCGUUCUCGCUCGCGCCGCAGCCCACGUCUCCGCGUCAGCUGCCGUUACCGGCGGGGAACGGCGGCGCCAGCGGCAGAGAACAGCUGGCGGCGCUGGUGGCGCAGCUGAUGGCCGAGGUGCGCACCCUGCGCGAGGCCAACGAGUCGCUACAUCGCGACAACGAGACCCUGCGGCGGCGGCUCGACGCCCUCGAGUCCCAGCAGGCCGCGCACGCCCAUCGCGUCGACUCACUCCUCGAGUUCGGCGCCGCACGACACGCGUCGUUGCGUAGCGACCACAACAACCACCACGGCGCGCCGCGGCUCCAGGGCCAGACCACGACGCCGUUCGUGACCUGCGCCCACGGGCUCGAGGGCGCAUGGAGCCACCUCCUCUUCACCCCGCCGGCGUCGACAACAAUGCCGACGUCAUCGGCCUCGUCGCGGUCGCCGCUGUCGCCGCGGUCGUCGUUCUCGUCGUCGUCGACCGAGUCGCUGUCGCCGCGGUCGUCGUUCUCGCUCGAGCGGUCGGUGCUGCAGUCGAGCCUGGUGGCCUCGCAGCAGGCGCUCGACGAGAUGCAGCGACACGUCCCGCUCCUCCGGCAUUACUACGUCGCCCCGAAGGACUUUGCCGUGCAAGACAUCAGGUAUCCGGUGUACGUGCUGGCGCCUACACUGGGCGGAAAUAGCGCGUGUCCCGUGAUCAAGUGGGUCAACGAAGCCUUCGUCAGUCUCAGCGGCUACACCAUGGACAAGCUGAUAGGGAUGCCUCUCUCAAAGCUGUUCUCUUCGCAGAAGAGCCAGACUGCGCAGCUGGCCGCCAGCAUAUUCAACCAAUGUCCGAUGAGUGUUAGCGGGACGUUUGCUCUGCAUCCGCUCUUGCGGCAGCGCAACGGGUGCACGGUGCGAAUCGACGAAGUCAACCAAUUCUUCUACGGCCAACACGGCGCUGUGUCGUUCAGUGUGACGUGCAUUCUGGGCUGGCAGGCAGACUCGUUGCGCCCGGACGAGCAGUUCGGCCAGUGGCUGCCUCAAUUGCUGCGCCUCACGUGA